AUGGCUUCUAUCACUCCGAUUACAAGGGAUCAAUAUGAUUUUAUAGCUCAAUUAUGUAUUCCUCUUAAUAUCAUUUCUCUCACUUCUACUGUUGUCUCAUGCGUGACAUUUGGUUUUAUACGAAUGUACUAUCCUAAACUCGCUGAUCGAGUUUCAUUUCGUUUAAGUUUUGCAGCCUUAUUCUUUGAUAUAGGUUAUUCUGUUCAUAUUUUAUUUGCUAUAUUUUUGGAUGAUAAUCCCAAUUUGUGUGCAUAUUCGAGUUGGGGAAUCGUAUUUUUUGGUCUUACUUCUCUAUUCUUUAUCGUUUGUAUAGCCUUGAAUCUUCAUAUAGUAUUCUUAUGCGAAUUUAGAAGUCGUUAUAAUCUUGAAAAUUAUUAUUUUAUAAUUGCACCUUUUUUUGCCCUUUUACUUUCUCUUCUUCCUUUGGCUUCUAAUAUAUCUUGUUGGUAUCGUGAUUCGGGUCGAGAAGAAAGUAUAAUAUGGCAAUGGUUUACUCUUUUCGGUUGGAUAGAUGCAUCCAUAUUGUAUUGUGCGAUCGUUGUUAUUUUGGUCAUUAGAAAACUUAGAUCUGUAAAAAAAGAAAUUGAUGAUGUUUUUGAUUCUGCAACUUCUCAGUUAUCAGAUUAUCCUACUUUAAUUAAUAAGAAAUUGAUUUCUUCUGUUGUCAAAAGAGUCUUAUGGUAUCCUGUAGUACCAUUGGUGGCUCAAUUUUUUAACUCUUUCGUUGAAACUUAUGCUUAUGUUUAUCGUUCGAUAUCUUAUCCUCUAUUUUUACUUUGCUAUAUUGGCAUGUCACUUCAAGGAUUACUUAAUGCUUUAGUAUUUUCUCAAGAUAUUGCUGUUACUCAUACCUUUCAUGCUAUUAAACUACAAUUGUGGAUCUCCAAUGUUAAUUCUUUUGAGUAUCUCUAUCCUCAUCAUUCUCACAACAAAGGCAUUACCGAUGAAUUCAAAUGGUUAAGAUACAUGCUAUUGAUUAAACUCUUCUCGGCUCCAAAAAAUUCAUCAUCUCAAUCCAUUCCACCUGAAUUUUCAUCACCAAACAAUACCUUUGCUAGAAAUAAACCUAAUAUUUUUUCUGUUCUUCUUGAAAAGGACGAUUUAAAGAAGGAUAUAAGUCUUGACAAUCAAAACGAUAAUCAAGAUAUUCAUUUAGCUUUUCCUGAACCU